CAAGAGGAUAAUUUUUACAGUAGGGCAGACAUUUAGCAUAGGCUCAUCAGGUCCUUGGGUGGCACAAACAAUUCGCAGUCAACUGCUAACCAAAAGGCAUCAUGGAAGAAAGGCCUGGUGACCUGUUUCCAUAAAAACUACAGCCAAGAAAACCUUAUGGAGCUCAGUUCUACUCUGUAAAACAUGAGGUCUCCAUGAAUCAGAAUCAACUUGACGGAACAGGUUUUUUUAAAUCAUUCCCCAGACCUAAGAGAGUAGAACAAAUCACGAAGGCAAAAGUAUCGCGGCGUCUCCGUGCUCUACUUAAUUCACUGGAUUCGCUGCUAACGUAAGAUUUCUUCCAUCGGUGUCAGUACUUCAGGGUCAGCAGCCAGAGCAGCCUCCUUCGCUCCUUCUGGAAACUUCCCAGCUUAGAGCCCAAAAAGAGCGACGAGGAGCUGCCUAGGCAGGUUCUCUCCUGCUGUGGCUAAAGGAGCGGUAGGCCAGCCACAGCCUCCUGGUUGCCAUGGAAACAAGGAGGGCUGCUGGCCCUCUGAAAGCGGAAAAGAACAGCAAGUGCCUGCAGAUUAACCAGCUGUCAAGCCAGGGCGAAGGAUCAGCGGCCAGACAAGGGGCUGCAGAGCCGAGGGAGAGACGAGCCUUGCUGGAACUGGGAGAUUUGCCAUUGGGCCGGCUCCAACUCAUGAUGACCUUAUGUACAACAGAACGAAGCACUGCCUGAUCCUGUGCCACCUUCAUGAUUGUUGGUGAGUCUCAACAAACCAGUUCAUGCAGGAGAGACACGAACACGCUGCCCCCACUGAGACAAAAAUGGCACCACCUUCCAGGCGCUGUCUCCUGCUGGUCAUUGCCCUGGGCAUCCUUGCAUUCGGCCACUUCACGAAAGGUCAGAAGAACAGCACUCUGAUCUUCACAAAGGAAAACACCAUUCGGAACUGCAGCUGCUCUGCAGACAUCCGGGACUGUGACUACAGCUUGGCCAACCUGGUGUGCAGCUGUAAAACCAUCCUGCCCCUCUCCGCAGAGAAGACCAGCUACCAUGGCCAUCUCACCAUCUGGUUCACAGAUACGUCUGCGCUGGGCCUCCUGCUGAACUUCACCCUGGUCCAGGACCUAAAGCUUUCUCUGUGCAGUACAAACACUCUCCCCCCUGAAUACCUGGCUAUUUGGGGUCUGAAGAGGCUUCGCAUCAACGCAGAAGCCAAGCAUCCGUUACCAGAGCAGAGUUUACUCAUCCACAGCGGUGGAGAGAGCGAAUCCAAAGAAAAGCCCGUGUCCUUGCACAAAGACUGGCCAACAUGUAUGUAUAUCUCAUUCUUAGACAUGGCUCUUUUCAACAGGGAAUCGUCCUUAAAGUCAUACAGUAUUGCAAACGUUGCCAGCACCGCCAACAACUUUCCCUACUUUCCUUACUUUAAAUCCGUCCCAAUUCCAAGCAACAAAAGCUAUGUUGUCACCUUCAUUUACUAACAUUGUGACUAUGUUCAACCACUGGGAGCUUGGCAAACUAUGGACAAUGGGAACAAGGAAUCUGGGAAUAAGGUCACAAGAUAGGUACCUCUACCCACAACUGUAUCCUCCCCACCCCAUGUCUUAGUCAUCUAGUGCUGCUAUAACAGAAAUACCACCUGUGGAUGGCUUUAACAAACAAGAAAUUUAUUAUCUCACAGUCGAGGAGGCUAGAAGUCACAAUUAAGCAUGCCGGUUCCAGGGAAAAAGUUUCUCUCCUUGACAGGUCUGGGGGAAGGUCCUUGUCAUCAAUCCUCCCCUGGUCUAGGAGCUUCUCAGCACAAGGACCUCAGGUUCAGAGGGUGAGCUAUGCUCCUGGCGCUGCUUUCUUCGUGAUAUGAGGCCCCUCUCCUCUCUGUUCUAUUCUCUCUUUUGUAUCUCAAAAGAUACUGGCUCAAGAUACAACCUAAUCCUGUAGAUUGAGUCCUGCCUCAUUAACAUAAUUGCCUCUAAUUCUGCCUCAUUAACAUCAGAGAGUAGGAUUUACAAAAUACAGGAAAAUCACAUCAGAUGACAAAAUCGAGGACAAUCACACAAUACUGGGAAUCAUGGUCUCGUCAAGUUGACACACAUUUUUAGAGGACACAAUUCAAUCCAUGACACCCCCCCAUUCACAGAAGAGCCACAUAUACAAAUGGGCAGCCCUCUCUACUCCAACCACGGGAGCUGUUUUGAAAAACAAAACAUAAAGAAACCACCAAACCCCAAGGAUCCAGUCCAGAAGCAUAUAUUGAAUGCCAGAUGUAGGCUAGGUCUUUGUAACUGGUAGCCCAUGGAGAAAUGUCAGACCAGAAGUAGAGAAAGCAAUACACACCAGGAACUGCUUACAGAGCUAAAUGCAGGGGACGAUCCUGAGAAAGGCAUGGGCCUGUUCCCCAGAGGGAUCUUCCUUUAAAUCCCUGCCUUCGUUUUUUUCCUGCUUCAUUCUGUCACAUUGCCUGGAACGCUCCUCAGCAGACUGAUAGGUUUCAGAGGUAUAGGAACCGUGAAUUCCACAAAACGAUUAGGUUCUCUUAGACCGAUAUCUUCCUAAUACUACCAAGAAUAGAAGCACUGAGAAACAGGAGUUUUGAGAGUAUGUUUGUUGAGUAUGAAAGUGUGUGCAUGGGAGGUAGGACACGCAUGGAUAGGGUAGAUCCCUAGGACCAAAUGAGGGCACUAGGGUCCCAAGGAGGGGUAUCCAGAAAUGGAAAUUGGAGGACACAAAAAAAUAAUUGCAUAUAUCUCAAAAUUUUGCUUAGAGCAAGGUCUGAACACAGGCAAAGUUUCCUUCUCUUCUAGCCCCUCUCUUCCACGUCCUUUUCUUUCUUUGCUUUCUUCUGUCUCCUUCCCCACUACACCACAUCCUCUAUUUCUCCUCUCACUUCUUCAUCCCCCUUCUCCUCCUUUUCCCUUGCUCUAGAAAUCAAAACUUAGAUUGACAUCAUUAGAACUAUGUUUAACAAACAAAAAAAAACCCCAAACCUGUUGCUGUAGAGUCAAUUCCAACUCAUAGCAGCUAUAGGACAGAGCAGAAUUGCCCCAUAGGGUUUCCAAGGAGGAGCUGGUGGAUUCAAAGUGCCAACCUUUUUAGUUAGCAGUGAGCCCUUAACCACUGCACCACCAGGGCUCCUGUUAACGACCAGAAACAAAAUAAAAUAAAAAAACAGACCUAUUGCCGUCAAGCUGAUUCCAACACAUAAUGACAAGUAGGGGCUAAAUAGACUUUUCUGGGCUAAUCUGGGAAUCUGAUAAUCAUUUAUAACAUUAUUCUUAUAGAUAAAAAUGCUCAAAUUACUAAUCAAUAAUUAACAAAAGAACUUUUACAGCUCAGUCCACUUGGAAGUUUAAGAUGAUAUGUGUUAAAUGAUAUGUGUGUGUGGUUAACAUAGAAUGGUUUUAUAUGUGCCAAUAAAAGGAACCAAAGCAAUGUGAUUUUUUUUUAAUUAGAUUGACUCAUUAUUGAACAAAGAAAAUUUUGCCACACAGAGAGUCAACUUACCACUAAGGUGGAAUCUAAAAAAUACAUGAUAGUUGUGGUGCAAAUAUCUAAACUUAGGGUGCCACGAAGUUGAAACACCACUGUACCUUUAUGGCACCAUAAUGAUAAGAAAUAGUUUUCUUAUGAAAUGACAAGAUGUCCUAGGGUUGAUGACUUUGGAUCACAUUCACCAUAUUUUCUGUCUUACCUUUAACAUAAACCAAAAGCCAAACCAGUUGCCGUUGAAUGGACUUCAACUCAUGGCGACCCCGUGAGCAUCAGAGUAGAACUGCCCUCCAUAGGGUUUUCAUGGCUAUGACCUUUCAACAGAUUGCCAAGCCCUUCUACUGAGGUAUCUCUGGGUGGGUUUGAACUGCCAAUCUUCCGGUUAGUAGCGAAGUGCUUAACCAUUUGCACUACCUAGGGACUUCUAUCCAUAACGCAGGAUAACUAAAAUAACAUGAAAUUUCAAUAUUUGCUUAAUUGGUGGGGGAUUUGACCAUUCAGGCCAAUUAACAUGAAUCCAUAAUGUCAGUGUUUAAAUUAGGCCAAAACUUGAAAAAAAAAUUGAAGUAUAAAUUUUAAUAGAAAAAUGUAAUGACCUCAUUACUGACACUGUACUUCAGAGGUAAGAUUUAAAGUGACAGAAAAAGGCAAAUAAGGAAAAGGGUGGUGGAGAAAGGAAGGCAGAAAGGAAAUAAGUGAAAAGAUCAAUAAAUAAAUAGAUUUACUGUCCUGUAGUACUUAGUACUGAAAAUGGAAACCCUGGUGGUGUAGUGGUUAAGUUCUAUGGCUGUUAACCAAAAGGUCAGCAGUUCAAGUCCACCAGGCAUUCCUUGGAAACUCUAUGGGGCCGUUCUACUUUAUCCUAUAGGAUCGCUACUAGUCAGAAUCGACUCGAUGGCAACCAGUUUGGUUUUUUGGUUUUUAGUACUGAAAAUGGAGCCCUGGUGGCACAGUGGUUAAGAGCUUGUCUGCUAACCAAAAGGUUGGCAGUUUGAAUUCACCAGCCACUACUUAGAAGCCCUAGGGGCAGUUCUACUCUGUCCUAUAGGGUCGCUAAGAGUUAGAAUUAAAUUGAUGGCAAUGGUUUUUGUUUGUUUGUUUGUUUUUUGGUUUAGUCCUGGAAAUGCAACAAUUGAAUUAUAAUGGAUUUUUAUUAAUAAAAUGUAAAAUUAAAUGAUGUUAGAAAUUAUGUGCCUAUUAUAAAUAUCUUCCAUUUGGUAGGUUUUAAUAGUUCUAAAGCCCUUUCACAUAUGUUUCAAGUGAUUCUUAUAAGAAAUAAUUACAGGUCAAUGGGAUUUACGUCAACAGAAGAGAAAAGCUAAUUUAGUUAAAAGCCCAGCCUGAGGUUUCUAGGUUUCUGGAUUGAAAAUGUGGUUCCGGCUGUGCUGUUGUGGGAUAAAUAGGUGACAGAGGACCCACAGCAGAGAUGUGGGGACAAAGGGCCUCUGGGCUUAGCCUAAGGGUUGGGACAACAGUGAGCGGUGAGGGUUGUGGUAAACUCAGAGUGCACACCGCAGCUGAAAGAGUCCCUUCCUACUAUGAGGGAAAGAACCACUGAAGGAGCGGAGCCAAGACAAUAAGUGUAGGGUGUGGAGGGCCACGUGCAGUAUUGACAUGGCCAACUUCCUCACCUGCCAGAACCAUCAGUGGCAACUUUAGGGCUCUGCAUCCAUCCUGCAUUCAGCAGCCCACUCCUCAACAUCAGGAGUUAAUGGUCCUGAAAGCCCCUAAGGUGGAAGAAGGAGGGAUAGAGGAACUUAAUGCCUGUGAGGAAAAGUGAGUUAGGGGUUAAAACUCCUGAGCGAAUCUGUGAAAGCCCCUGAAAAGAAGGAAGAAACAAAGCAGGGAAGAAAGAAAAGAGAUAUUAAUAACAUUUUACACACAUUAAAUUAGUAAAAAUGGGAUCUGGACAGUCAAUUUCCGUUUCCCAGGCUUGCUCACUAAUAAUUUCAGGAUCUCCCUCUGCCCAGAAUUUACGGGAGGAUGUUUGUAAAUCUGUUUUGAUUUCUUACAACAAAAGCAAUGAGAAGUCUUUUUGUUUUAUGCUGAGCCUGCUCUUUAUUCUGAUUUUUAAUUUAUUCUAAAUUUAACAGAGAACCCAGUCACAGCUCAGACUGACAUACAAGUCCUGUGUAGCCAAUCUAAACUCUACAGAAGCAGUAAGGGUGAGUUGGCUCUGCAGAGCAAGAGAGGGUGUCAUAAAGCCACACCGAUGUAAGUACAGGCACAAUAACACACAGACAAACAGAUAAAGCAGUAGGGAUCGCUUACAAACAGACUCUCAGUUUUAAAAAAGAUUAGUAUAUGGUAAGGUUAAAAUCACAAACCUCUGGAAAAAAGGAAAAUAAUUCAAUAAAUGGCGUCGGGGUGAAGGAUCUGCACUAUAACAAUAGCAGUAUUGUAUCUGGGCGAUGGGAUUAGAAGCAAUUUUUAUUUUCUACUUCUUGAGUAGCUGAAUUUUCUAAAUUAAAAAAAAAUAAACACACCGUGUUCAGUUCGGCAGCACAUGUACUAAACUCGGAAUGAUACAGAGAAGAUUAGCAUGGCCCCUGCACAAGGAUGACACACAAAUUCCUGAAGUGUUCCAUAUUUUUAGGGGGAUUGUGCUGUCACGUUGUAGAGAUUGCAACUGUCACGUAACAACAUGAGUAUAAAUUUUUGCAUGAGAAAUUAACUUGAGCUGUUAACUUUAACCUAAAGCACAAUAAAAAAAAACAAAUAAAUAAAUACACUGACACUAUAACAUCGGUAAUAGGAAAAACCCAAUAAGAGUAUUUUCACGUAAAUAAAUAAGAUGCUAGAACUGCCCACUGCUUAAAGUUACAGCCUCACCCCACAACAAGCAUCAUAAUGUUAAGUUAGAUAACAUUAAAAUGACACCACAGAACAACUUAAAAAUAUGGGAGACAAAAAGAAAAAGACUAACAAGCUAACAGAAAAAGAGAAAAAUAAUAAACACAUAGUUCUCAUGAGAUGAAACCCAAAUAGCCAAUAACAAAAUUUAAAAGAAUCAUCUCUAAUAAGAAAAAUACAAUAGAUAUUUCAUCAAGUAGGUUGGCAAAAAAUUAAGUUAGUUGAUAGCAAGUUUUGUCAUGCCUGUAAGUAAACAGAUGCUCUCUCAUACACUAUCCAUGGGAGAGUAAACUGGUACAACCAUUUUGAAGUACAUUUUGGGACUCCCUGAAAAUGCACAGAGCCUAGAAGCCAGCAAUUUCACUUCUCUGUAUUCACCAUAAAGAAACACCUCCACACAUACAUACACGUCAUUAGUAAAAAUUCAUUUAGCCGUUCACUUAGAAUAAGUGCACAUUUCUGUAUGCAUAGCAUACUUCAGUAAUGUUUGCAAAAGAAUAAAUACCAUAACUAACACUCAUAUAAUUACCACCCAGAACUGAAAAAUAGGAACAUUUUGUCACAUCUAUUUCAUGUUUAUUUUUUAAACAAAAAAGAUAAACACUAUUAGUUAAAAAAAAAAAAAAACUGCCAAGAAAUCAUGACAUUAUUGGGGCCAUUGGGGAAACUUGAAUAUGGACUGGCUAUAGAUAAUGAGAGUGUCUUGGAAGAAGUACAGCCAGAAUGUUUCUCAGAAGCAAGGAUGGCAAGACUUCAUCUCACAUACUUUGGACAUGUUGUCAGGAGAGCCAGUCCCUGGAGAAGAACAUCAUGCUUGGUAAAGUAGAGGGUCAGUGAAAAAGAGGAAGACCCUCAACAAGAUGGACUGACACUGUGGCUGAAGCAAUGGGCUCAGGUGUAGCGACAAUUGCGAGGAUGGCACAGUACUGGAUAGUGUUUCCUUCUGUUGUACACAGGGUUGCUAUGAGUCGGAACCGACUUGAAGGCACCUAACAACAACAUCGUGAUGUCUGCGUGUAACUCUCAGAAGGCUCAGCAAAGAGAGAGAGAGAAAGUAGCAAAAUAUUAACAGUUGUUGAGCCCAGGUGAUGGGUAUAUGGAUGUUCAUUGUCCUAUUCUUGCUUUUUUAUACAUUUGACGUUUUCCAAAAUAAAAAGUUGGAAAAAAGAAAUGAGGUGUAUUUAUAUGCAUUUAUAAGACCUGCAAACACCUAACUGAAAGCAAUGAAGCACAUUAUAAAACGGCACAUAGAAUACGAUACCAUCUAGUUUAAAAAUACACAAAACAUUACUACAGAUAGACGCUGUAUCAGAAACCCUGGUGGCGCAGUGGUUAAGUGCUACAGCUGUUAACUGAAACACUGGCAGUUUGAAUCCACCAGCCACACCUUGGAAACCCUAUGGGGCAGUUCUACUCUGUCCUAUGCGUCACUAUGAGUUGGAAUUGACUGCACGGCAACGGAUUUGGUUUUUUUGGCUAUGUAUGUUGAGCAGAGAAGGCUUAAACACCAGGGGUUAGCUGCUUACAAAAUCACAGGAAGGGCUGGAGGAAUAGAAGUCGGGGCUGCCACUGCACUAAUCAGCUGAAGGGCACACUGCUGCACCAGGGUCAGAAAGUCCAAACUGACUCUCACCAGUUUUGCUUUAAACAGCUCAUACUUCAAUUUUGAUUCUUGUUUCAUAACAAAUGUUGUAAUUAUAAAUGAACAAACGAAAAGAUGUCAUAAAAGAAAUGUAGCGACCAGAAAAUAAAUAUUACAACAAAAUACUACUGUCUUAGUCAUCUAGUGCUGCUAUAACAGAAAUGCCACAGAUGGGCGGCUUUAACAAAGAGAAAUUUAUUUCUUCACAGUAAAGUAGGCUAAAAGUCAAAUUCAGGGUGUCAGCUCCAGGAAAGGGCUUUCUCUCUGCUGGCCUUCUCAUCCAUCUUCCCUCAGAGUAGGAGCUUCUCCUUGCAGGAAUCAAGGGUCCAAAGGAUGCGUUCUGCUCCCGUCACUGCUUUCUUGGGGGUAGGAGGUCCCCCUUUCUCUGCUAGCUUCCCUUUCUUUUUAUCUCUUGUAAGAUAAACGGUGGUGCGUUGCCCAGCUACAAGCGAUGACCGCCCUGAUAGGGAACACAACAGAGAACCCCUGAGGGAGCAGGAGAGCAGUGAGAUGCAGACUCCAAAUUCUUGUAAAAAGACCAGCCUUAAUGGUCUGACUGAGACUAGAAAGACCCCAGAGGUCAUGGUCCCCAAACCUUCUGUUAGCCCAAGACAGGAACCAUUCUCGAAGCCAACUCUUCAGACAGGGAUUGGACUGGACUAUGGGAUAGAAAAUGAUACUGCUGAAGAGUGAACUUCUUGGAUCAAGUAGACACAUGAGACCAUGUGGGCAGCUCCUGUCUGGAUCAGGGAUGUGACUUUAGUAAUGGUGUUACAAUCCCACCCUAAUCCUCUUUAACAUAAAAUUACAAUCACAAAAUGGAGGAUAAGAGGCAAUACCGAGAAUCAUGGCCUAAUCAGGUUGACACAUAUUUUGGGCGGAAACAAUUCAAUCCAUGACAACUAUAUUUUUAGGUAAGUCUUUCACACGUUAUAAGAAAAUAUUCCUUUCUAUAUUUUGCUCUUACGAGUUCUUUAGUGAUAUCAUCACAAUUAAGCUGCAAACAAUAUCCACUUCCAUACAUAACAAGGAUAAUGAAUCAAGUCCUUCUUGAAUCAUCAUUGUACAGUGAAGGGUUUUGAGUCUAUUUAGGGACAAAAAUGAGCAUUCUGUUGUGCAGUUUGUGAUUAUUAAAGUUAGGAAUAUGCAUAAAGCAAUUGAACACUGGGAAAUACGCAUUGUAUUUUAUCUUCUACUAUGGAAUCAUAUGUACCUACAUGAGUAAAAUGUCUUUCCUGAAUCUGUAAACUUAGUUCUCAUGUAAGAAUGAAAUUGUUCUUCUCCGUAAAGGUCUGUAUUUAAGUCAUUGGGAUGAGCCUGCACGCAUUUCUUCGAUGCUCUCACGCAUUCUUCAGCAGGUAUAUCCACAUUGUUUAGGAAGGAAAAUCUAUAUGAAAGAACUUCAUACACUCUCAUUCCUCUUUUCGUGCAAGAUUCUAGUGUG